ACACGUUGAUUGACGACUUAUCUCACCACAAACGUUCGUCUGAACGAAGGCAGGUGGUAGAAGGAAUUCCCUCUUUUCUGAAGCUACGAGCUUCCUUUCUUUUCUUAGUUAACUCAUAUUGCAGCAUAGGCACUUCGGACUCAGUUAACGUUCUUCUGCCUCCUUAUAUAACGUUCAACCAUGCACAUGCACCGACGCAACCAACGUUCAGAAGCUCACAUAACACCUCCCCCCUCUGCAAAAUUCCAUGGCCCAAUGUCAUCCGACUCAGACAGACAUCUUGGUUUUCGCAACAGGACACCAAGAAGGAUUUGGCUUCUCAUUAUAGCCCUUCUUGCAGUACUCGGAAUAACGCAUUACAUUCUUCCCUACCUCUUUUCCGCUCGAAAUGGGAAUGAUGAUGCGACGAGGCCGUAUAGCAAUAGUCAUUUAACACCCAAAAACUACCUCAACUUGAGCUCGACUGGGGAGCAUCCGCGGGCAUUCGACUUUUGCUUGGCGCAUGGGAAGGGAGAUAAAAUAGGACAAAAGUAUGGCCCUGUUGCUUUAUCGCAAACAAGGCUGCAUUUGGGGAGUAGUGCGAGGAUUCAAAGAGUGAUAUCAAAGGCAUUAGCUGGGCAACCGGUGACAAUCAGUGUUCUUGGUGGAAGUGUUUCUGCCUGUCAUGGCGCUGGUGAUGAUCACAUCUCACCCAAGUGCUACCCUAGCCGCUUUUUCCAAUGGUGGAACACCAUCUUCCCCCAUCCAGCCUCGGAACUAACUAACGGUGCUAUGCGUCUAUCUACCUCUGAAUACUUUGGCUACUGCUCUACCCACCAUAUUCCCGACGUUACCGACCUCAUCAUUGUUGAACUUGACGCCUCGGAUAACCCUAACGAUGCAAAAGCGAUGACAGAGCAUUUCGAAAUCCUUAUCCGCUCCUUGCUCAUUCGACCGGAUUCUCCAGCCGUCUUACUCUUAGGACACUUCUCACCUCAGCUUUGGAUAGCUCAUGGAGCCUUUGGGGCAGACCAUUUUCACAGCGUUGCCGCGCAAUUUUACGACGUCCCUCAUUUAUCGACAAAGUCCCUUCUUUUCAGCGAUUUCAUGCGAGAACCUAGAUCGAUUAAUCGAUUCUAUGUUGAUCCGAUUCUGGCUAGCGCAGAUGGGCAUGAGCUCAUCACAGAUGUGCUUAUCGGGUACUUCCAAACCCAGAUAUGUCAAGUUUGGGAUGAUGUCGUGGGAGGCGACUCAUUAGGACACAUUGGUAGUGGCGGUCAAGUUCAGGGUGGUGGUGGCGGCGGCGGAGGUCUGUUCGGUGGAGUCGGUCAGCGGAAAGGUGUCCCAGAACCUCACCCUAAUCACCUUGACGGGCACGAGGAAGUCGAAGUGGACGCCGAGGGGAACCGUAUCAAGCUUGGACUGCCGAAUCGAAUCUCCGACUUUGAACAACGUUCGGCGUUAUUGGGUGUGCCUCCAGCUCGAAUGUCAACCAAGCCUAACCAGGGGAAGCCGUUCGAAGAGAUUGCGCCGUUUUGUGUUAGUGCGAAUGACCUGGUCAAUCCUUUACCGCCUAGUUUGUUCGAAGGCAGUGGGUGGACGGCGUUCCAUCCGGGUGGCGUUGGAGGCCAGGGGAAUGUGCUGAAUACCAAAGCACAUUAUUGGUAUUCGACGUUGGUGGGGAGUAGACUGAGGAUACCGAUAAUUGUCGGGGCUGGGGAUGUGGGCGUGUACUAUCUGGUGAACGGCAGUGGAGAGGGAAGCGAAGUCAAUUGCCAGGUAGACGAUAAUUAUGGCGGUGCGAUGACGUUGAGCAAUGUCGUCCCGGGAUUCGAAGACAAUACCCCGCGGCUUACGAUGAUUGACCAUUUCGUUUCACGCGGGAACCACUUUAUCGAGUGUCAGCUCGUUGGAGACGAAGAGCAAAAGGGUGUUCCAGCUUUCAAAAUUUUAGGUUUUUUUGCGACGUGAUGAUGAACGGAUUCUUGGGACUUAUGUUUGGACUCAUUGUAAAGCUAUUGUUAUUGUAAGGAUUCUUUUUAGUUCACGUUCACUGCUUCCGACCCAUGUUGCUGUCAAUGUCUUUAUCAUCGCAAAUCCAUUCCAUUCACAUA